AUGAGCGGCCCCGGUGUCGGAUUUGAAUACCCUAGCCAAGAGGUUUCCUGGCUAAAGCGCGAUGAACUCCACCCCAACUUCGCCGUCUUCCCUACAUACCCUCUCAUCCUUACAUUCAAGGGUAACACCCAGGAGGUAAUUGACUUCUACGCUGCCCAGAAGGCUGUCCAGAUUCCCAACGUCCCCUCAUUCGAUGCCCGCCGCGUCGUCGAUGGUCAGCGCAAGAUCAUCCUUCGCAAGCCCGUUCCUACCACCUCGGCCGGCAAGAAGUUUGAGGUCCGAACCAAGGUCCUUGGCGUUUACGACAAGGGCCGCCCCGGGUCAGUCGUUGAGACCCAGAGCGAUCUGGUCGAACUUCCUAGCAACGAAGUCUACGCAAGUGUUAUCACCAGCAGCUUUUACGUCGCCCAAGGCAACUGGGGCGGCCCCAAGGGCCCUGCUACGGAGAACUUCCCUCCCCCCAAAGACAAGAAGCCCGAUGCCACCUUUGCGCAGCAGACGACCAAGGAGUCGGCACUCCUGUACCGCCUUAACGGAGAUUACAACCCGCUGCAUGCAACUCCAGAGCCGGGCAAGAAAAUGGGGUUCCCUGGAGCCAUCAUGCACGGCUUAUACUCGUGGAACUCAACGGCUCACGGGCUGCUGAAGGCAUUUGGUGGCAGUGACCCUGCCAACAUCAAGGAGUACCAGGCCCGUUUUGCCAGUCCUGUCAUGCCUGGCGACAAGCUGGUGACAGAUGCCUGGAGGACAGGCAAUGCCAAGGAUGGUUGGGAAGAGAUCCGUUUCCAGACCAAGGUUGAGGGCGGCAAGGUUGUGCUCAGCAACGGUCGGGCCUUGAUUAAGGUCGUGGAGUCUCCCAAGUCGAAGCUGUAG